CCGAUUCUGUUUCCCAUUUCAUCCACAGUUACUCGUCCCCAUCAUUUAUCCCACAUCCAAUAUACCCAUUACUUCUGAACACUUCAAAUUGACCCACUCCUUUUCUCCAUUAAAAGGUAAAAAUCAAAAUGCGAGCUCUUUUCAUUGAUUAAAAGCCCAACACAUUGGCUUUCGUCUUCGCAACUUCAUAUUAAAAUCUCUGCGUCCUCUCGCAGAAGGAGAAAAAGGGGAGAAAAUUUGACCGUGAGUAGUAGUAUUAGGCAGAAGAAACAAUGGAACUGUUCUAUUUCAUGGUGUUCGGUGCAUUGGGAGCAGUGGUUGCAGCAUUAGAGCUAAGCAAGAACAGCAAAGAUCGAAUCAACACUUCCCCUGCUUUCAAUUCCUUUAAGAACAAUUACCUCGUUGUUUACUCUCUCAUGAUGGCUGGAGACUGGCUGCAGGGUCCAUAUGUUUACUAUCUUUACAGUACAUAUGGCUUUGGAAAAGGGGAGAUUGGACAGCUUUUUAUUGCUGGUUUUGGAUCUUCCAUGUUGUUUGGCACAAUUGUUGGAUCUCUAGCUGACAAACAGGGCCGAAGGAGGGCAUGUGUUACUUACUGCAUAACUUACAUACUUAGUUGCAUCACCAAGCACUCUCCUCAAUACAAAAUUUUGAUGAUAGGUCGUGUUUUGGGAGGUAUCGCCACCUCCCUUCUGUUUUCAGCAUUUGAGUCUUGGCUUGUUGCUGAACAUAAUAAGAGGGGCUUUGAGCAACAAUGGUUGUCACUAACAUUUUCUAAGGCAAUAUUUCUUGGCAAUGGUCUUGUUGCCAUUUUGUCUGGGUUGUUCGGGAACCUACUGGUUGAUUCACUAUCCCUUGGACCUGUGGCUCCUUUUGAUGCUGCUGCAUGCUUUCUUGCCAUUGGAAUGGCCAUUAUUUUAUCAUCAUGGACUGAAAAUUUUGGAGAUUCCUCAGAAAAUAAGGACCUGCUCACCCAGUUUAGGGGUGCUGCUGUAGCAAUAGCUUCUGAUGAAAAAAUUGCUGUGCUGGGUGCCAUCCAGUCUCUGUUUGAAGGUUCAAUGUACACCUUUGUGUUCCUUUGGACUCCUGCUUUGAGCCCCAAUGAUGAAGAGAUCCCUCACGGUUUUAUUUUUGCCACAUUCAUGUUGGCUUCUAUGCUGGGAAGCUCCCUUGCAUCUCGAUUGAUGGCUCGCUCAUCACCCAGGGUAGAAAGCUACAUGCAGAUUGUUUUCGUGAUUUCCUCUGCCUCUCUCCUGCUUCCCAUUAUAACUAAUUUGUUGGUGCCUCCUUCAAAGGAGAAAGGCGGAAGCAUCUCAUUUGCUGGCUGUCUUCAGCUUCUUGGCUUCUGUACUUUUGAGGCAUGUGUAGGGAUAUUCUGGCCAUCCAUUAUGAAAAUGAGAUCCCAGUACAUCCCAGAGGAAGCUAGGAGCACCAUUAUGAACUUUUUCCGCAUUCCUCUCAACAUCUUUGUCUGCAUCGUGUUGUACAACGUUAAUGCAUUUCCCAUCACUGUUAUGUUCGGUAUGUGCUCGAUUUUCCUCUUCGUGGCCUCUAUCUUGCAAAGACGAUUGAUGGCAAUUUCAGACAAGCCAAAGAUGGAAAAUUGGACAGCUAUGAAAGAAAGGGACCCUGAGGCAGAGCCACUAAAUGAUUGAGAGUGAUGUUUGGGCUACAUACAGGGUCACCAAGGAUUUUCUUGGUAGGUAGAAAGCAACAACAUAACUCAUUUCCCUUUUAGAGAUGCAAUUGCUACUUGAUACAGAUUGGAGGGUUUGUAUUUUGAUUUUAUGGUAAAAGAGGUAAAAAUACAGUGUAUAAGAAAAUAGGGGUCUACCCAAUAAAGAAGAUAUGAGUUAUAUAAUAGGUCAUUAUCGACUA